UGCAAGUCAGCGCACGCGCUUUGAGCAACUCUCCCUCCCAGAAACGCUCCCGGAUAAGGAAGUGGCCAGUGAUGCCACGCGUUCUGCGGCAGUCGAUCUGGGCUUCUGGGAGUUGUAGUCGCCCGGGGCGGGCGCCGUCGGGAUGGAAGCUUCCUGGCGCCAGGUGGCCGGUGGCCGAGGCCGAGCCCGAGGACGGGCCACUGCGGCCCCCUCUUCGGGAAAUGGACUCCAUCUUCGCGGCGCCGGAGGGGGGCGAGAGAAGGGGUCAGUGGGCGCUGUGGGUCCUGGCCCCAGCCCCAGAGGAGCCGCGACCCCUGCGGCUGCAGGUAGUUCGGCCGGGCGCAGCCCCGCGGGAUCUGAGGCACUGCAGACCUCCGUAGCCUGUGAGCUAAUGUCUCAAAGGAAAUUUGAGGAAAUCAAGAAGGCCAAUCAAGCUGCAGCCAAAAAACUUGUUGAAGAACACUUUAGCUCUUCCUCUGAAGAAGAAGGAGAUGAAGAUUUUGAAGGAAAACAGGGAAAAAUAGUUGCUAAUACAUUUACAACUUACACUACUCAGACAGAUGGAGAUAUGCGCGAAUUAGAGAGAACCAAACAGUACGUACAUGAAGCUUUCCAAGCAGGGGCCAUGACUUGCUUAAUUUGUAUUGCUUCAGUGAAGAGAAACCAAGCAGUUUGGAGCUGUUCAGGAUGUUUCUGUAUAUUUCACAUGCCCUGUAUCCAGAAGUGGGCUAAAGAUAGCCAGUUUCUAGUAUCUUCUCCUUUGACAGAUGACGAUUUUGGAAAAAGAGAUUAUCCUUGGCCAUGUCCAAAAUGUAGAUUUGAAUACAAGCGAUCUGACACACCUAGUAGGUACUACUGCUACUGUGGAAAAGUAGAAGAUCCACCUUUGGAUCCAUGGCUCGUGCCUCAUUCAUGUGGCCAAGUAUGUGAGAGAGAAUUUAAACCUCCUUGUGGCCAUAAGUGUUUGCUCCUCUGUCAUCCAGGUCCCUGCCCUCCUUGUCCAAAGAUGGUCACAACUACUUGUUACUGUAAGAAAGCAAAACCGAUCCCUCGUAGGUGCAGUGCCAAAGAAUGGUCCUGUCAGCUUCCGUGUGGGCGCAAGUUGCUUUGUGGACAACAUAAAUGUGAAAGUUCUUGUCAUGCAGGAAAUUGUCCUCCCUGUCCACGAGUCAGUAGACAAAAGUGUGUCUGUGGGAAACAAGCCGCUGAAAGAAGCUGUGCCAGUCCACUGUGGCACUGUGAUCAAGUGUGUGGAAAAACACUGCCAUGUGGUCAUCAUACAUGUGAGCAAGUUUGCCAUGUUGGUGCUUGUGGAGAAUGUCCUCGAUCUGGGAAAAGGUUCUGUCCAUGUCAGAAGUCAAAGUUUUCUUUGCCUUGUACAGAAGAUGUGCCAACUUGUGGAGACAGUUGUGACAAAGUACUUGAAUGUGGAAUCCACAGAUGUUCACAGCGUUGUCACCGAGGUCCUUGUGAAACAUGUAGACAAGAAGUGGAAAAGCAGUGUCGCUGUGGAAAGCAUACAAAACGAAUGCCAUGUCAUAAACCUUAUCUGUGUGAAACUAAGUGUGUUAAGAUGCGGGACUGUCAGAAGCAUCAGUGUAGGAGAAAGUGUUGUCCUGGAAACUGUCCACCUUGUGAUCAAAACUGUGGACGGACUUUAGGAUGUAGGAACCAUAAAUGUCCAUCUGUCUGCCAUAGAGGUAGUUGUUAUCCCUGCCCGGAAACUGUAGAUGUGAAGUGCAAUUGUGGUAGUACAAAGGUGACAGUGCCCUGUGGCCGGGAACGUACCACAAGACCACCCAAGUGCAAAGAGCAGUGCAGUCGACCACCAACUUGCCAUCAUACAAGUCAAGAAAAACAUCGCUGUCACUUUGGCUCUUGUCCUCCAUGUCAUCAACCUUGCCAAAAAGUUUUGGAGAAAUGUGGUCACUUGUGUCCUGCUCCAUGUCAUGAUCAAGCAUUAAUAAAGCAAACUGGCAGGCACCAGCCUACAGGCCCUUGGGAACAGCCUUCUGAACCAGCAUUUAUUCAGACUGCAUUACCUUGUCCUCCAUGUCAAGUUCCUAUUCCUACAGAAUGUCUUGGGAAGCAUGAGGUGAGUCCACUACCAUGCCAUACUAUAGGACCCUACUCUUGUAAGAGAGUCUGUGGACGAACCUUAGAUUGUCAGAAUCAUACAUGUAUGAAAGAAUGCCACAAAGUAACUGAAAUUGAUGUCUUCAUUGGCAAAAACAAGGCUGGCCCAGAAUGCCUUCAGUGUGAAGAAGGGUGCUCUAAAUCACGGCCUCUGGGUUGUCCCCAUCCAUGUGUUUUGCCAUGUCACCCUGGAGAAUGUCCUCCUUGUGUUCAGAUGCUUAGAAUAAAAUGUCACUGCAAGAUCACAAGCCUUUAUGUGGAAUGUAGAAAAAUAACCACUGCUGAUAUAGAUGAAAAGAAUCUCCUUAGUUGUUGCAAAAAUCAGUGUCCUAAAGAGCUUCCUUGUGGUCACAGAUGCAAAGAAAUGUGUCAUCCUGGUGAAUGUCCCUUUAAUUGCAACCAGAAGGUAAAACUUAGAUGCCCUUGUAAAAGAAUAAAAAAGGAACUACAGUGUAACAAAGUACGUGAAAAUCAGAUUUCAAUAGAAUGCGACACAACAUGCAAGGAAAUGAAACGGAAAGCAUCUGAGAUAAAAGAAGCAGAAGCCAAAGCUGCUCUUGAAGAGGAAAAACGAAGACAACAGGCUGAACUGGAGGCUUUUGAAAACAGACUGAAAGGUCGUCGGAAGAAGAGCAGGAAAAGAGAUGAAGUGACAGUGGAGCUGACGCUAUGGCAGAAAUACAAAUAUUCUCUCCUUCCCGCAUGUGCGCUGGUGGUUUUAGUGUUUGCCUGGUACAUAGCCCGUGAUGUGGCAUAGAAGUUGUGAUCUGUUCACAUACCUCAGACUGGAUUUAGAGAAGUCAAGUCUGGAACGUUAGGAAGUGUAUACUGUAGAACAUAUAUAUUCACAUUCGUCUCUGUGUUCUCUUCCGGCUGUUGUUAGAAGGACGGAAUGCCAAGCUUUCUCCUGAUGAGCAUACCGGAAGUGGUAGGGUAACAUUGUUCACUAGUAAAAGCAUGACCGAAAUUGUGAAAUCUUUCAUAAGUCAUAGCCAGUGGCAGGGUAGCACAUCAGUUGUUCAGUGCGCUUCCUUGUGUUAACACAGUUGUUUCAUUGACUAUUUCAAACCAACUUUCUUUUCUUUUCUCUUUUCUUUUUCCUUUCUUUCUUUCUUUCUUUUGCAAAAUUAAGAUGAAACUGAGCCAUAUGUGCAGUAAAAGGAAUAUUUCACAAUGUUUUGGUUACUUAUUAAAAGGUACUUUUCUUGAUCAUGUAACUUUGUACUUUAAAAAAAAAAACUAUUCUCUAAAAGACCUCUUAAAUUGUAACAUGAAGCUAUAAUUAGAUGUAAUUAGAUUCCAGAAAUUGGCUUAUUAGUGAGGAAUUUUUAUCAGUUAUUGAAAUAAGUUUUUAUGUGGUGGGUUUCUCAGAGGAAAAUAUAAUUGUUUUUAAAAAAUGUCAGGCUAGAUUUCUCACAUGUGGCUAUUUCUUGUGUAAGAAGCACUUAACUGAAGUUUGGCAUGUUUUGUAAAACUUGUACGUGUCUUCUCAAAGUAACAAUAAAAGAAAAACUGAUAUUUAUGAGCAAUAAAUGCUUGAGCACAGGGCUUAUGAGCUUUCUAUACUGACUCUCAUUUCUUUUUACCAUGAUCCUGUAAGUAGAUGUCAGCUGGAAAUCAUCAGUUCUUAUGAAAAAAACACUCUGAUAGAGAACUAUCAGUAAGCCAAAUCUGUUUGAAUUGUCAUUUUAAAUGGUUUUGCUAUUUAAUUUUUGUAUGAUUAAUGUUUUCAUUAAACUUUUUCAUACCAAAUUUGUAACCUAGAAUAUUUACUAACUAUUAUCUAGAAGAUUCAGGAGCCAGUAAUUUUAGGUUAGGUAUUAGUAUCAAUAUAUAAAAGCUCUAAUACUUGAUGCAAAACAUAGUUAAUUGGUAGAUACUGAAAAAUGCAGAAGUAUGUUUUAAACAGAAAUACAGAGAAGGAUUUUUACACUUUGCUGACCUGAAUUCAAAAUUUUUUAAUGUUAUAUGCAUUCGUCUAGUAUUAGCUAGUGUCUAAAAUGAAAGGGCAGUCAUUCUUUUCAUUAUGGUAUUUGUGUUUUGAUUUUAGACUUUUUUUUCUUUUUUACCUUUCUCCAUGUUAGAGUAACUGGGUUAGUGUUUCAGGAGCUCUAAGUUAGAGCUGCUACACUUAUGUCAUUUCCUGACUCUAAAAGGUGAAUAUUAAAGACUGAGCAACUAGGUGUCUACCUGAGGAGCUAUUUUUCAUGUAUCUCAGAAUCUUGGCCUAAUAAAUGAGCCUAAAGCCUA